AUGGGUUGGUGGUGGAGCUCAGACCCCCAAACUCCCGUCACAAAGCCCUCCGACCCCACGCCUGACCCGGUUCCAACAUCGUCGCAACCGCCCGCCAGCCCCCGCGAUGUCACCGACAAGCCUGCCGUCGUAACAGACAACCUUCCGGCCGCUCUGUCGCGCGAGCAGAAAGAAGAGCAAGAGUUGCAAUCCGUCAUCGCCGAGUUCCAAGCCGCCAUCAAGCAAGAUGAGGAGCGUCGCGGCACGAGCCCCACUACCACGGAUGCCUCUGCUGAGUCCAGCACGCCCGCCGACCCCACGCUGUCCACCUUCCCCACCACCAUGAGCUGCCGCCAGGCCUUCGAUGGGGCCUUCUACUGCCAGUCACUGGGAGGACAGGCCCUGAACAUCUACCGCUACGGCGAGAUGCGCUCCUGCUCCGAGAACUGGUCCGACUUCUGGUUCUGCAUGCGCACCCGCUCCUACGGCGCCCCCGAGAAGGCGCGCGUGGUCUCGGAGCGCUACCGGCAGAAGGAGGCCAAGUACCACAGCGGUCCCAGCAGCGAGGACGUGUGGGAGGAGCGUAAGCCCGGUGAGGAGCUUCGCAAUCCCUUCACCAAGGACCCGGAUCAGAUCGAGAUUCCGGGCUUGCCCCAGAGGCGGAAGCAGACAACGGCGUAG